CGGACUACCGUACGUGUAGGUUUCCUUUGGAGCUACGCAUGCGCACUAGGGUGUUAUCUGUCAGUGGAGUAAGGAGCAGUACGAUGGAUAGUGGGGAGGCUACUGCUCAGCGGCCAGUCACGUUGGACAUCACUGUGGAAGAUGUCCCAGACUCUCCGGAGCCCACCACCAGCCAGACACCCUUCAGAGACCUUGUUCCCCAGGUAGACAGCAUCGACUUGGGUGGGGAGUUUGUUACCCCCCAGGAGGACAGCAGUGCUACACCUUCAGAGAGCCUGAUGGACAAGCUCAAUGACCAGAUGAUGGAGAGCGUCAUGAUUUCUGACUCGCCUAAUAACAGCGAGGAAGAUGACGUAGCUCCCAUGGACUCCUUUCUGGAUGGAGUCGAGGAGGAAGAGGCUGCAACGGAGGCAUCGGACGACAAAGAAAAAGAAAGUGAAAUUGGACAGAAUACUACUGAGAUAAAAUUUCCCCUGGAGGAACAGGAGCCAGGUGGUUCUAUGGAGAAAGGAUAUGAGGACACAAAGGCGCAGGCAAACACACAAGAGCAAGUCAUCACCGUUGUUUCACCUCAAGGUGACGAAGAAAGCCCAUGUGAGUUUAACAGUGGGGAACAAGAAGCCAAAGGGACGAGCCCAAAAGACGAGCCUGUGCCGGUGUGCACCAUAUUCAGCCAUGGCAACCAGCCGAAGUCUCUUGUGCCAGAUGGCUUCCAGCCCACCCUCAUCAAGUCCCCCAGCUUCAGCAUGGGGAGUGGUGGAGGAGGCAGUGAGGCGGUGACCCCCAGCAAGCUGACGGCCCCCCUCGUGUGUCAGCCCAGCCCCAGCCUCAGUAAGUUCUUCACUGAUAAUGGACAGGUCAACCCAGCCUCCGACUUCUUCGAUUCCUUUACGGUGCCCUCCAACUUCAUCUCCGUUUCAAACCCGAAUGCGGAGAUCCCUCCCGGCCCCAGCCCAGCGACCAUAGACCACACUCCUGAGCGGCAGCUCUCUUCCACCUCCUCAUCCAUCUCCACCCCUGGAGGACCUCUGGACUCUGGUGCCCCCACCCCGAGUUCAGUGUUUGGCCCUGCACCUACGGAAGCUACCGCCAAGGCCCAACUUCCUCCACCCCAAGCGGCCCCAGCUCCAACUCAAGCCGCCGCCGCAGCCACUCAGCCGCAGCCCUUCAACCAGCUGCAGGCCGUGUUCUCGGGCAGCGAUGACCCGUUUGCGACGGCGCUGAGCCUUAGCGAGGUGGACAGGCGCCAUGAUGCCUGGCUGCCAUCUGAGGAGACCAGGAAGGUGUUGAUCUCUGUGGCCACCCAGCAGUACAGCCCAUCCUUCGCAGAGACCAACAAACUCACCAUGCCCGGACUCAAGUUUGACAACCUUCAGGGCGACGCCGUAAAAGACCUGAUGCUUCGUUUCCUGGGAGAGCCUGCGGCGAUGAAGCGCCAGGUCCUCACCGCCAACUCUGUGGAACAGUCCUUCACAGGGCUCAAACGUCUCAUCAGCAGUAAAAACUGGCGGGCUGCCGUGGAUCUGACGGGCCGGCUGCUGACAGCUCAUGGUCAGGGAUAUGGAAAGGCCGGCCAGCCAACCACCCACACCACCGACUCACUGCAGCUCUGGUUUGUGCGGCUGGCCCUCCUUACCAAGCUGAACCUCUUCCAAAACGCUGAACUGGAGUGUGAGCCCUUUGGCAACCUGGACCAUCCAGACCUCUACUAUGAGUACUACCCCAGUGUUUACCCUGGGAGGAGAGGCUCUGUGGUGCCGUUCUCCAUGCGGCUGCUGCAUGCCGAGCUUCCCCAGUACCUGGCCAAGCCCCAGGAGGCUCUGGACCGCCUGCACAAUCUGAAAACCGUCUGCUUGGCUAUUCUGGAGAACUUGGAGAAAGGCUUGGCUGAGGAUGGCAGCAUGAUCACCCUAACACAGGAAAACAGGCAAGUGUCUCUAAACCUCUGGAGGUCUCGCCUCAGCCGGGUCAUGUACUCCAUGGCCAACUGUCUGCUGCUGAUGAAGGACUAUGUUCUGGCUGUGGAGACCUAUCACUCCAUCAUCCAGUAUGAACCCCAGCAGAGAGUGCAGCUGCUCAGCGGCAUAGGACGCAUCUUCUUGCAGAUUGGAGACGUGAAAACGGCAGAGAGGUACUUCCAGGAUGUGGAGAAGGCCUGCCAGAUGACAGGGAGCCAGCCCGGUCACACCACAUGCGUGCUGAUGAACAGGGCCUUCGUCUCCCUCAGUCAGAACAACUACACUGAGGCGCACGCGUCCUUCGCCGAAGUCUUGAAAGUUGACCCAAAAAACCCCGUCGCCAACAACAACGCAGCAGUUUGCCUGCUCUAUCUCGGCCGCCUGAAGGAGUCCCUAGGCCAGCUGGAGGGCCUGGUGCAGCAGGACCCCGCGCUCUACCUCCACGAGAGCGUCCUCUUCAACCUGACCACCAUGUACGAGCUGGAGUCGUCCCGCAGCACCCAGAAGAAGCAGGCUCUGCUGGAGGCCGUGGCCUGCCGGGAGGGGGACAGCUUCAACGCGCAGUGCCUCAAACUGGUCUAACAGGGCGAGAACCGUGAACCGGGAGAGGACACACACACUCACACACACACACGCACACAACCGCAUCAUCUGUAGAGGAGCACAAAGCGCUGGUGGAUUGACUCUAUGAAGGAAAUGGUCCUUUUACAGAUUAAAUAGUUUGACAUUUUGAGAGAUUUGCUUACCUGUACUUACAGCGAUUCAGAUGAGAAGAUCGAUACAGCUCUCAUGUGUGCACGGUGAAUAUGAAGCUUGGGCUGCGAUCAUGAGUUUGGGAUACGGAGAAGGCCGCAGAAUUUGAUCAACUGGAACUACCGUCUGCACAAGUAUUCAUAAAAGAUAAAUGUAUUUGUAGGGAGGCCGGCUUGUGACUAGGCUUUGAUGUUCUCCUCUUCUUUGUCACUUGAGAACGUUGCAAAGGAGGAAGUGGUUUUACCAAUCUUCCAGGGCAGGCAAUGAUAUGCACUUCUUGGCUCAUUAACAUCUUGCAGUACAAACGGGUGAGCUUAACCUAACAGGCUGCUAGCUUCAUAUUUAGCAUGCAGCGGGAUCGAUCUUCUCAUUGGAAUCCCCGACACAAGGCAGACAAACGUAUUUUCCCUGAGAAACGUCAAACCGUCGCUCGAAAUUAUUAUUUUUUACCAAAACAAUUCCAAUCCCAUCACCAGAGGGAGCCGUCGCAUUAAGCGCCGUGAGGUCGGAUCACAGAUGCCCAUUGCACUACAGACUGGCUGGUUUUAAGGGAGUUGCAGGCUCAUAAUGUGAGUCUGGACGGGCAUUAUCCUGAGCGUUGUGUGCUCCAGGACUAACAAACCACCUCAGAGGUCCAAAGCUUCUUCCCCCCGCAGACCAUCUUACUGGAUUAACAGUCGAAGGCCACUCGACUCCAGCUGCCAGCUUUAUGAACUUGUGCAGCGAAAACAGAUAAAAGCUUCAGAUUGCAUCGUAUCCUGAUCACUUAACAAAAACUGUAACAUUUUAGGAAUCCAAAACUGUACAUAUCAGAGCUGUUUUUCUUUUGUUUCUGUUUGUGAUUAUAUCAAAAAUGAUUAUCUUGCUAAAUCUUUUAUUGAUUUGUCUUAGUGGAUCUUUAAUUAUCACAUAUUGUGUUGAUCAUAUUUAUGUAUAUUAAAUGUUGUUUUUAUCCUAAAUAAAACUUAUUUUAAAACAA